CCUCCGAACGUAGUGGCCCGUGUCUCUACCCCAGUUGGUUGAACACCUUGCUUGUCUGUAUCCAGUUCGUUCCAGCCGCACUCGAAAAGGAGUUGCGCUUCAGGUCGCCAGGCUUUGGAAUCAAUGAGAUAAACUAGACAGCCAAGUGAAACUGAGAGGUGGCAGCAACAGAGGGGAGAUCUGCCAGUGACUGCAGGGUUUUUGCGGAAUUCAGUGUGUUUUGAUUACAAUCGCACGCGGAACUAAGUUUAAUAUUGCUGGCUGCGAACAAUUUAUUAAAGUGGAUUGCGACCCAAAAACGACUACAGUGCAGGCAGGUUGUGAUUGUGAUGGGAGUUUAAAAUCUCGCACCCCUUGGGUGUGUCAGUGAGUCAUGCGGCACUCUCUUGCCAUGACGAUUGGAGUUCUCUCAAGAUCUCUUCUCAUUGCCUGCUGCCUGAUGGGCAUCUUCUGCAACCCGACAAUCCCCCUUCCGAUGAGCCAGGAGAGGCUGGAGCGUGCCUUGACCCAGAGCAAAGAUGACCAAGCGUCUAAGAGUGGCCUGAGCCAGGCCAUGCAGGAUCAACUCAAAGAGAUCACCAGAAUUAGCAGAGAGGAGGUGGCAAAGGAUGGGAAAAAUAAGGGGAACAAACCCAGCUGGGGUAAACAGAGGCCAGGCUGGAGUCAGGACCUGGGGGGCAAGAGCGAGAGGCCCCCAGGGGACCAGGUGCAACGAGAUGAAGAGGCACCAGAGCAGAUAGAUGAGGGGCCCACCCCCGGGGCCAGUUUCACUCCUGACACCCUGGAUGAAUAUGCCUACCCAGACUACCGUGGGAAGGGCUGUGUGGAUGAGAGUGGCUUUGUGUUUGCCAUUGGGGAGAAGUUCACUCCGGGGCCUUCUACCUGCCCUUGUCUUUGUACUGAGGAAGGACCCCUCUGUAACAAACCAGAGUGCCCGAAGGUCCACCCUCGCUGCAGCCGCGUGGAUACCAGUCAGUGCUGCCCGCAGUGUAAGGAAAGGAAAAACUACUGUGAAUUCAGGGGCAAGACCUACAAGUCUCUCGAGGAGUUUAAGGUUUCCCCGUGUGAACAGUGCCAUUGUGAGUCGAGCGGGGAGGUGCUGUGCACACUCGCAGCGUGUCCACAGACUGAAUGUGUUGACCCAGAAUACGAACCUGACCAGUGCUGCCCUAUGUGUAAAAGCGGGAUUUAGAGGACAGAUCUCAAACCACAGUGCACUACAGCGGAAAAGAAAAAUUACAGGUACUUUAUUUGAACAGUUGUAGCAACACGUGGAGACAUAUAACGCUACAUUUUUCGGAACCCUGCUACCUACGCUUACGCUACACUAGAACCGCCACGGCAUUUUGACAGUUUGAGGUUUUCAAAUUUAAAUUACUCUGUGUGUGUGAAAGUUGUGGUUGUACGUUUAUGACUUUUCCUAAAUACAAAUAUUAAAUACCCUGACAGUGUUUGAAAGGCAGGAUCGUGAAAAUAAGGAUGUUAUAAUCCCGCCCACCUAGACUGCCUUUUACAAUACACAUUUUUAUUUUGAAUAUAACCUACAAUAUUCCAUUUUUUUAUAUACAAGCCUGUUGUUAUCUCUACCCCCACUGAGCUUACCUCUGCAGUGCCAGCCGCUUUGCCUGUAUCGUCUCAUGCAGCAGCUGCAGGCGUGCCAGCCAUGCCAACCGCUUCACCCACAGCAGUACCAAGGACAGCGACUCCAACUGCAUCGCCAGCACGAACAGGCAUUCAGGAGAAUGGGAAGGAUGGUACUAUUUGUGAAAUUAUCGCAACAUCGAUAGCACUCUCAGUGCUUUUCAUUUGUUGAUCGCUGUACUAUAGGAAAGGCAAUUGGAUACAAAAUGAUGAUUGGCAAAAGAGUUGAAGAAAAAAAAACAGCCUGGUUGGAACAGUUAAACCAAGAAGAGUGCUUCUACCAUCUGCGAAAAACUUGCAACCACAGCUGUACUCCAGUACAGUUUUGAAACGCUAACUGUUUACAAGUGCAAGCCGAGAAUGAAUGUAAUUAUUCUACUUCAGUUGCCAUCGGAACUGUUGACAAGAAAACUGGAGACUGGAUUUCUACAUUGACACAAAGUACGGAGUGGACAUUUUAGACCAGAUGUCACGUCAGUACUCAGUGAAAGCCGGUUCUCGCCGGUGGCCAGUUGCUGUAUUUUACAAUGUACUGGACCUGGCAGCCAUCAAUUCCUUCGUUUUGUACAAGGAAUGCACCAGGGAAAAUAUCAGUAGGAGAGAGUUCAUCUUGAAGCUAGCCACAGAGGUUCAGCAGAAACAUUUCGAUCAGAAAACUGCAAAGCAGCAGGCAAAUGCAGCUCAACCUGGAUUCAGUGCUGCACCCAGUGACACACGCAAGAGAAAACAAUGCCAGGUAGCUAAAUGCAAUAAAAAUAAAACUUCUGAUAUCUGUGCCCAAUGUGAAAGAGCAGUGUGUGUUAAAUGCACAGGAAAAGUUGAGAAGCGUUACAUCUGUGUGGAUUGUGCUACUUCAGGUGCUACUUUGAUGUCUGUUACCCUGAAAACACAUUCACUUCACGUUACAUAAUGGGAAUUGAGUUAUUUUCUUUUUUAAUGUUACUUUAAAAAAAGAAAAAAUUCAGUUUUGUAUGUACAUAUACCUGAAUCUUGGGAUUUUCUGUAUAAGAACAUUAGAAAAUGAAUGAAUGAGAGAAGACCAUUCUGUCCACCAAUGCUCGUCCGGUUCCUAGUGGCAGGUUGGCAUCAAAAUGUGUCAAGUCGGGUCUUAAAGAAUCACAAUGUUUCAGUAUCAACAACAUGGCUAGUGUAACAGUCAUUGUUGUGAAAUACACUGCCGUUACAGAUUCGGUCACAUAUAGGUGAGAUGAUGUGACGGGGUACACCCGCCCCUGUGCGUAUUCGUGUUAUUUUAUAUUUGUUAUUAUUAUUUCAAACGUAUUGUUUAAUUUGUAUAAAGCACGCAAUUUUGUUAUUGUUAUUUUUGCAACAUGGAUGGGGUUAAACUUCCCCAUCCAUGCUAAACCCGUGCAGAAUGUGACCGUCUCCAGAUUGAUUGAUUGACUAAUUUAUUAUUAAUUUGGAGACAGUCACAUGUAUAUAAACCCGCAGCUUUGGCUGAUCGGGGUGGGUUGUUCAGAGGAGAAAAGAGACAAGUAAGAACCAAUACUGAAAGUGAACAAUUGCUACUCAUGCUGGAUUUGAACCAGCACAAUACUUGUUUCAUUUAGUGUUUUCUGCUAGUGUUUGUUCAGUUUUGUUUUGCACGUACAAACCUGCAUUCUCUGCCUCCUGAGACUCUUCCUGAUAUUCACCAGCCUGGGCUGUGACAUCAUCCUUACCACAGAUGAGAUGAGGUUAAAAGCUCUAAAACCAUGAAUGCAAAAAAGCCCAUGAAAAGGUAUAUAUCCCUUUGACCUACAUGCACAAUAUGUACAUUUAAAAUGCUGGUACUCUCAAUAACUUGUGCAAAAGAAUGUGUAAUCUCCAUUGGACAAGUGGUUCUCUAGAUGCACAUACAUAGGCAAGUUUGUCAUAUUUAGUACAUACAGACAGCACCUCCUUCUAUCCCCAUUAUGGCAUGGGAUAAAACUUGAAUUGCUAUGUACCCAGUUACCUGUCUUUCAGUGAAGUUAUUUCUUCAUCUCUUUGUCCCAUUAGCUUUUGUGAAACCUGUGUGCUGGUGGUAUAAAAAAAACAAACAAGAUUUCACAUUAUUAGAUGCUACAUGCAUCUCUGGUAAAUAAUUUCUAUCUGGUUAAAAAAACAUUACCAAUCAGAGAAUCAUCUUAACAAUGGAGCAACAGCAGCCAAGGCCAAACUUACUAUGAGCAUUGAUUUGCUCUCCGACAGCUCUAGACUUAAUAAAACAUUAAUGAAGGGAUUAAUAUUUGACAGCAGUUGAAACUGGGAUGAAUUCAGUGCUCUGAAUAGAAAGCUUGCCUAGAAACUGUGAAAUUUGCUACUUAAAAAUAGAUAUAUGUAGCAUACAAGCAGCGCAGAGCUUUUUUAAACACUAGUCAGUGCUUUGGUUCAAUAGUCAAUUCUUCCUAGAUAGCAACAAGGAGGAGGCUGUGUGGUCCAGUGGUUGAAGAAAAAGGCUUGUAACCGGAGGUCCCCCGUUCAAAUCCCACCUCAGCCACCGACUCAUUGUGUGACCCUGAGCAAGUCACUUAACCUCCUUGUGCUCCGUCAUUCGGGUGAGACAUAAUUGUAAGUGACUCUGCAGCUGAUGCAUAGUUCACACACCCUAGUCUCUGUAAGUCGCCUUGGAUAAAGUCGUCUGCUAAAUAAACAAAUAAUAAUAAAAUAAUAACAAUAUAUAGCAUUCCAGUAUUCAGCAGGUUACUUGUUAGGCUGUUACUAAGGGUUAUCCAUUCAGACCAGCACUCUUGGAAGAAUUUACACAUUCCAGCUUUAAUGGGAAAGUUGGGCAGAGAGAACAAAUAAAUAUUAGAGGGUACUUCAUCUAUGGUAAUGGCUCCAUGUGUUAUUCUUCCAUAUCGUUUCUUUUGUUUUGGCCUCCUCCUCCCCAGCCACCACCUUGCAGCGUGCCUCGUCCCAGGGGGGAGGUGGCACAUAGCCACUUCCAAUCUGCAGCACUGGGAUGCAUGAUAUCGUUCAUGUUUUUCCUAGCCUGCCUCGCGCAGGUAGGUGUUGAGCACCCACAGACGAGGCCUCCGGCCAAAUUUAUCAUUCAGUCGGGCCCUGAGCGCCCAUCACAGUCAUUGGGCCCUGAGCGUCCAUCACAUUAAAUCAUUAAAUCAUCUGUCAAUUGCAAAUUAAUACAUCAUCACAUUGCAGAUUCUCUGUACUGAAAUAAAUACAAUUCUGUUGUUAAUUCUUACAUAACUUUGAACACAAAAAAAAUGUUAAAUGUAGUAUAAACUUAAUGAUCAGCAAAUGCUGAUCAUAAACCACUUUAUAUUCUUUAGUGCACUAAGAUGGGAGUUAAAACGUUUCCUAAUUUCUACUUGAUCUAUAAUAAUGUUGUUACGUAAUACAUAAUAAAAAAAAAAUUAAAAAACGUAUGAUAUCGCACAACUGCAUAUAUUUGUCAUAGCAUCAGAAACCAUAUAACCAAUAUUUUAUUUCAAACACUCACUCCCCUAAUAAACAUAUAUAGAAGUUGAGAAGCUAGCAAUGAGCUACCAAAACAAAAAGAUUAAUUCUCAAACUGAACGCAGUAGGGAUUCAAGGAAAUGCAUGCACAUGGAUUAGGGAGUGGUUAACAAGUAGAAAACAGAAAGUAAUGAUUAGAGGAGAAA